CCUUCCAUCACUAGAGUUGUUGCAUAUUGAAAAUUUACAAGUCUUGGAGGUUUGGUUUAAUGCAGAAGCAGCAAAAGAUAACUGUUUGUUUCCUUGCUUAAGAGAACUCUACCUCAAAGACUGCCCAAAAUUGCAGGAGUUGUCCUAUUUACCUCCUAAGCUCAAUAGAUUGAAUUUGAAUAACAUUACGUGGAAAUCUUUUGACUUUCUAAAGAAUAACAACAGCUGUUGUAAUAUCUUACUUCAAAAUUGCGGCAAUUUAAAGUAUUUCUCAAGAAUUAUGACUUUGAGCUACAAGUACGGAGUGAGUGUAGAAAGAGUGAGUGCAGAAAAAGUGAGGGCAGAAGUUAUGAACGAUCUAUCCGUGUUGCUGAUGGAGCCAUUGAGAAGUACUGAGUCCGUUAGAUUGCUCAAAAUUAGGGAUUGUCCGAUGAUUUCAUUUCCAUCUGGGGCAGAGCAGUGGUUUCAGAAAGUUAGGUACCUUUGUGAGUUGAACUUGGAAAGGCUUCAAAAUCUUGAGUCCCUCCCUUAUUUCUCUUCACUUGAGAUUUUACAUAUGAUAGAUGUUCCCAGGCUCCAGAUGUUGUCGUGCAUCCCCAUCUCUUUGAAACAUUUAAGGCUUGAAAAACUCGAAUCAUUGCAGGAUCUUCCCUCUUUUAGGGAUGACUCUUCACUUAAGAUUCUAUAUAUAAUAGAUGCUCCUAAGCUCCAGCAACUGCCUAACAUCCCUUCCUCCCUGGAACAAUUAUGGCUUGAAAGACUCGAAUCAUUGCAGAUUCUUCCAUCAUUUAGGGAAGACUCUUCACUUAAGAUUUUACAUGUGGAAAAAGUUCCUCUGCUCCGACUGCUUCCUGAAAUCCCCGCCUCUCUCGAACACUUAGAGAUUAAACUUCUUGAAUCAUUACAACACAUGCCACUUUCUUUUUCCAAAUCUUCACUUAAAAUUCUACAUGUGAAAGAUGUUCUUCAGCUCCGGCUACUGCCUGAAAUCCCUGCUUCUCUGAAACAUCUAAGACUUGAAUAUCUCGAAUCAUUGCAGAGGCUUCCAUCAUUUAGUGUCGACACUUCACUUGAAAUUUUACGUGUGGAAAAAGUUCCUCUGCUCCGGCUGCUGCCUGAAAUCCCAGCCUCUCUGAAAUCUCUAUGGCUUGAAUAUCUCGAAUCAUUGCGGUGGCUGCCAAUUUCUUUGUCCUAUUCUUCACUUGAAUCUCUAGAUAUUAAAAUGGUUCCUCAGCUCCAAUUGCUCCCUCCGAAGAUCCCCACCACUCUCAGACGAUUAGAGCUUAUGAAUCUCGAAUCGUUGCAGUGCCUCCCAUCUUCUUUGUUGGACGUCUCAUCCCUUGAGUAUCUAUCCCUAGAAAGCAUUCCCAACCUCAAAUCACUGCCAGACCUCCCGCCCUCUUUGUCUGACCUGACUCUAAAGAAGCUUGAUCAACUGGAUUGCCUGCCUUCAUGCUUUUCUAAUCUUUAUUCUCUAACUCACAUUAGUAUUCUUGAAGUCUGCAAACUUCGGGAAUUACCAGAUCCUCCUCCCUCCGUGAAAUUUCUAUCAAUCAGUGGUUGUCAUCCAGAGUUGUUGGAGCGCAAUAAAGAGUAUUCAGGUUCUGAUGGGUGGUUGUAAAAUAAGCAUCAAUAUGUUGCUCACCAGCAUUCAAGACUCAGGGCAAUAAAAUACAAGAAGAGAAACAACUAAUACUCGGAGUCGUGAUGCAUCCGGACUUCAUGUACAUCGCUGUUGUACACAUAAUUUAUGUUGUUCCCAUCAUACCUUCCAAAUAAUGAUGAUGGGAACUAAAGUUCAUUGCUUUAUCUGAAAGCUCUUGAAUUCCAGGGCUCCUAUGUUGGAUGGAUGUCUUUGUGCCUUUGCAGAUGAUGGUUUGAUUGAAUUCUGUACAUUCUACUGCUGCGGCAUUUGGGGACUGGAACUUUAACAAAGCCAAAAUGACUCAGUUUUGAGUGGACUGAUCUUCCUUCGACUCCAUUAUUAGGUGAAUGCUAGCUUAUGAUUGUGUCUGCUCAGACGGGAACUGCUAUGAGAGCAAGUCAGGUUGAUGAAGAGUUCAAGGGGUAGAGAAAAUUCAGAAGAAGAGUUAAAUCUGGAUGGCUAAAGGAUUUCGUUGGCUGAAUGAUUCAAUUAAUUUUUAUUUGCUGCUUUUUUAGUUGUCUUUCUUCUGUGUGUUAGCUUGCCUUAACUUUGUUUAGUUAAGGUCUUGGUUUAGUAUUCUUUUUAAUUUCUGUGAGACAUUAAUGGUUUCUUGUAAUUACUUCUUUCAAGUUUUAUGUAAAAUUUUUUGCUGGCAGAACAUCCACAUAAGAAAAUUCUCUGCUUUUUU